UAAUGGAUGCCAAAGUGAACAUAGACUCGAUUACAGACCGUCUGUUACAAGGAGUUCGACAGCUGCAGCCUGGUAAGAACGUUCAACUAUCAGACUUUGAGGUUCGUCACCUCAUAUCCAAGUCACGAGAGAUCUUCUUAUCUCAGCCGAUGCUUCUGGAACUUGACGCACCGUUGAAAAUCUGCGGCGACAUCCACGGGCAGUACGACGAUCUUCUUCGUCUCUUCGCAGCCGGUGGAUUCCCUCCCAGUGUCAACUAUCUCUUCCUCGGUGACUAUGUCGACAGAGGUAAACAAUCUAUUGAAACAAUUUGUCUCCUCAUGUGCUACAAGAUAAAGUACCCUGAAAACUUCUUUCUUCUCAGAGGCAACCAUGAGUGUGCAAGUAUCAAUAGAAUCUACGGAUUCUACGACGAGUGCAAAAGGAGAUACAGCGUCAAAUUGUGGAAGACCUUCUGUGAGUGUUUUAACUGCCUUCCAGUUGCUGCGAUUAUUGAUGAGAAGAUCUUUUGUUGCCACGGAGGACUCAGUCCGGAUCUGAAGAGUAUGGAUCACAUCAGGCGUAUUAAACGGCCCACGGACAUUCCUGACCAAGGUCUUCUCUGUGACCUUCUCUGGGCUGAUCCAUCGGAAGACAUAGCAGGUUGGGGUGAGAAUGACCGAGGGGUUUCAUUCACCUUUGGAAAUGAAGUCAUUUUGAGAUUCCUCGCGAAGUUUGACAUGGAUUUGAUCGCAAGAGGUCAUCAAGUUGUUGAAGAUGGCUAUGAGUUUUUUGCCAAUAGAAAACUUGUAACUAUAUUCUCCGCACCCAACUAUUGCGGGCAGUUCGACAACGCUGGUGCUAUGAUGACGGUGGGGGAGGAUCUCAAGUGUUCUUUUCAAGUUUUAAAACCUCACGAAUCCACGAGAGCGUCACAAUAUUACAAGUUUCCAAAGGUAGAGACGUCAUUAAGGAAUUCUAUCACGAAAAAAUAAAGGUGAGAGAAAGAACGUGGAUUUUGUAUGCGUAUAUUACGUUUAGGAAACUGCAAGGUUGAAUGUCAGAGCAACUUGUUUGGCGACAAAUAUAUUCAAAUAGAGUGAACUCCUAGUAACUGUUCAGUGGAUUACUUGUACGUACGGUUUCAUCAGAUAGUAUUACCAUAGACAAAAAGACCAUAAACAUAUGUUGAUAACCGAAAUUACUUUUAUUUACUUUUCUUAUUUACUUGAUCUCCUAAGGAAACAUUCCCAAAUAUUGGCUUACAGCUGACGUAAUCCUAAAUCUUAAGCUACAUCUGUACAAGAGCCACCUGUGGAGUAUGUUUUAUCUAUGCCUGUACGCUUGCUUAGUUACCCUUCAUUCCUGGAGGUCCGGGAUUGAAUCCCGUCAAUCAACAAUGGGAAAUUGCUAAGUGAAGCAGUGCCCAGUGGAUCUGAGCCUACCUAAGGCUGUAGGUUCAUUAAUCUACUAGUAUUAUAAUUCUGAUAGGUUUGCAAGGUAACGAAGAAAGCUAUUUCUAUACUGGACAUUUCACUCUAUGAAUAGCUAAGCGAUAGGUACCUAUUAUUAGUAACGGGGGACCGAGCCUUGCUCGGCUUUUGUUAGUUCAGUUAAAUAGUGAAAAUAAUCGUACAGAAAUUGUAUAAUUUACAAAAAAAAAAAAUUAUUACAAAUCAUUCACAUUUAAUCGCUGAAACAAUAACAACUAUGUAAUGUAAAAGCAUGCAAUUAUACGAAAAUAAGAUACAGUUUUAUGAUUUUGCUAAGUUUAAGUGCUACUCGCAAAGAAAUGUUCUUCCCUCUAGUUAUUGAAACCAGUUGUUCGACUUAUACGCU